AAGCAAGCCAACCAAGCCUCGAUAAUAUAAACGAAAUAAUAUAAACGAAAACAAGGAAAAUAGGGGCGAUAAAAAGGAACGCCGUUAUUGUUUUUUCUUAUCAAACUUUUUUAAAAAGAAAGACCUUGAUGUAUUUGCCUAUGGAUAACAUCGCGAGAUUCAAUAACCUUUGACCUUCCCAGCUUCAUAUUUUCUAAAAUGGCGCUGACCAGAGGUUGUUUGAGGCUUCGCGGACCGAGAGGAUGUUAUUUUUCCGACUUUUUACACUAUCCGACGGUUUAUGUAUCCCAGCUUACUGGUCACCCACUCUCUCAAUUUUUCACAACUGCGAAGAGGAGAAGCAUCAUCUCAAAGGUCAAACGUUUGAAUGCAAAAUAUGAACAAUUUCUGGAAAGAAACUUUCCACGUUUUUAUGUGAUCUACUCAACCUUUUUCAGAGGUUUCUAUUUAUUGUAUCUUGACUUUAAGGAAGUCACUGGAAUAAAACAUAAGAUGGCUGAUCAGGGGCUGAAGUACAACCAGCUGCACUACAGGGAAAUGGAAAAAUUAAGACAGUUUCGCAGAGAUAUUAUAAAGGUGAUACCUGUAGUGCUGCUAUCACUUCCGCCAUUUGCAAACUAUAUGGUGUUUGUAUUGAUGUAUUUCUUUCCACGGCAGCUGUUAAUAAGACACUUCUGGAACCUCGAACAGCAGAAGGAGUUCAUGGAAAUCUACCACUCCAUACGGGCUGAGGCUUACCCAAAUGCUGUGAAGAAUUUGAUCAAAGCAGUGUCAAGAUUUCCAGACAAAAGACUGAAAAACCAACUAUUGCAACUUGGCACUAAAGUUCAGGAAGGUAUCCACCCAGAAAUCUCCCAGCUGUAUUUGGUGGCAAAGCCUUUCUCGGGACGUCCAUUAGAAAUACGAUACAUUAAUGCACGCCAGAUGAAAACCUUGAGCAAGGUGAUGUUUCUGACUCCACACUUGCCUACCUUCAUCAUGCGCCAUCGCCUCCGGAGCCACAUAAUGGAGAUUCAUCAUUUGGACCAAGCUCUCAAUGUCUUCGGUGUUCACAACCUGUCAGAGGAUGAACUGAGGACUGCAUGUUAUAUAAGAGGUCUGAACUCAGUGCACCUGAAUGCAGCAGAGUGUAAGGAAUGGUUAACCAAAUGGGUGCAACUUUCUAAGAAGUUAAAAGAUUCUGAAGCCUCGCUGCUGUUACAUAGCAUGGUGUUACUUUCCACAAAUUACCACAAUUCCAGAAAAAGCAAGUAAGCCUUAGAUGGGCAAUUCCAGUUUUGCAUUUGUUUACCUAAGACAUCUGUGUUGUGUUGACAACGUACUAUUCCUACAUUACUGCAAGAAUGAGACUCCAGAAUUCAAAAGAUUGUCAUAGCUAGCCUCUUAUUGUGUAAUGAUUGUGUUUGGAGGCAGAUUUCCCCUAAUGAAAUUCAAUGCAUUUAUCUGAGUGAAAAAGAAAAAUAUGUAUUCCAUCGUUUAUUUAAAAGCGCACACAUGAAUUAAUUUAAAAGAAACAAUGCUUUUGGACCAAUACUUUUAUAGCUUACUGCAGUGGGAGAUCAUUUUUGAUAUGUUUGCAGUCAAGUCAUGUGCAAAUUUUUGAUUGUUGGAAGAUUUGACCAGUAGUAAAGGGACACUUAAAAUUGCUAUUAAAAUAAGAGGUUAAUAUAAUGUCAUAAGUUAUAUGCAAAUGCCUUAGCAACUUCAGACAAAGCCAAGUGUGUGAUCAAAUGCAGCAAUGUUGCAGUCAAAGCUGCACUGCUCCUUCCUUUGCUUUGUGGUAAAGGCAUGUCACUGUCUGGCUCAUUAUUCAAAUGCUUUGAGUAACAUGAAACUUGGACUAUAUAAACAACAUCUUUUUUUUAAAAAAAAGUCACUGAAUACUUCUUCAAAUUUUCCCCAUUUCACUUUUCACUUAAUGCAGCUAUUGAUUUUGCAGUUGAAAUACAGAGGGGACAUGGAAAAUUCACCUUUUGCAUAGUAGAUUGAACUCAUGACCAACCUAAUGCUUAUGAUUCACACUCCAAUGCUAAAGAUAUUCAGGUCAAUAAUACCAAAACUAAAGCAAAAUAUUGCAGAUGCUGGAAAUCUGAAAUAAAACCAAAUUCUGAAAACACUCAAAAGCUUAAGAAUGAGAAAUAGAGUUAACGUUUCAGAUCAUUGACCUUUUGUCAGAACUCUGCUGGCCAAACACAUUGAAGUACCUGAUGUCAAGUGGGGCUAGAUCUACUGUUUUAAGCAUAUUUAUGGCACUCUGAUAUUUCAUUAAUGGCCAUAUAAAUUGGUGUUAGUGCAUUUUUGGAGAGUAUUUUUGCAUUUGCUGAAUGCUUUAAGCUUGUAGCUACCUGUAUAAUCAAAUAGAAUGUCAUGUCUUUGUCAAAACUGCUGGCACAGUUUACUGAGGGAUUGUUAUAAGACACUGAUUUGAAUAUUUAACUCAACUCAAAGGGAAAAAAGUGAUGUUUACUUAAUUAUCUGCUGCCCAUGUUAAUUCCUCUGCCAGUAAUAGGCAACAAGAGUGAGUGCAAAUUAGUGGUAGCUUCUACACUGUCUUACUUGAAGUAUUGCUGCCUACUAUAUGCCCAUAUUGUUUUGAUUUCAUCUUAUUUUUUUAAAUAUCAUUCGUCCCAGUUCCUGUUUCACACUACACUUUGUGAUGUAGUUCCACCGCACUAGCACACUGUCACCUGAGCAAUGAGUUUUGCUAUUCAAAAUAUAUGGUUGCUUCAUGACAGUAAAGUAGAAGCACUGAUGCCAAGAAUUCAAUAGGAGGAGUCUACCAGAGCUUGAAUAUUGUGCAGAGUCAUUUUUUUUCUUAAAUUCAAAAUUCUGACUCUGCUACACUGUAGAAUCCUGGAUAAUUGUUGCUGUUUAUGUAACUCAAGUUAGGUUUACUUCUCCUACUUUCCACCUCAAUCUUUAUGCUGCAAUGCUGUGUGAUGUGUUUAGAGUACCUUAGGUACAGAGGAGUGGAGCUGGAAAUAUUUCUUUCAAAGUUGAACAGAAGAUGAUAUAGGUGGUUUUCAUCUUAAGCAUCCAGCCAGUGGCUGAAUGGAUUGCCCUGCAAAACAUCUAUCCAAUUGAGAGUGAAGAUGAAAAGAACCUCCCAAGCUCUGUCCUUUCCAAACAAGGGCAGCAAGUUGGCAUCUGAAACUGUGCCAUUUAUUAACACAAGUGAACAACUUGAAUCGUUUUGUGAAUUUCGAGUUUAGAUUUCCCAAACAGUGGGCAUGAACUAACAUUACUCAGCAGGCAUUUGAAUUAAUAGCACCUACAUUGCACUGAUAACCUGCUUAUAUGUUCCAGUACUACUGAUUGUUUCUUUGGAAUUGCACAUCGCAUAAGAGAUUUUUAAAAAAAGUUUACUUGAAAUUUUUUUUUAAUGUGAAGAUGGAUACCUUCAUUUCAUAAGUAUUUUUAUUCAGAGAUGUAUUGUGAGUGGAUAUGUGUUUGGAAUGCUAAUGAGGUUUGUGCAUAAAAUGGCCUCUGUUUUGGCUCAUGUCAAUGUGGAAAAAUAUACGCCUGUUAUGUCAAUAAAAUUAUUUUGUGUUCUUUUUGA